AUGGCGCCCAGAAGAUCUGAAGAGCCCAAACGAUUUGAACCUCAGCCGCUGCUGACUCCUCUCAAUGACGAAGCGCUUUUUCUCCUCGGCCAGCUCCAACAAGAGAGAGACCGCGAAAUGAAAGUCCGUGAAUAUCUGAAAAGGGCCGCAGAGCGUCUCACAGACAUUACAGGAGAACUCAACGAUCGGGCCUACCUCUACAAGAUCAGGCACUCCAAAAUCAUAGCUCGCCGCAUAGACGCUAGGGGCACCGAGAAUGCGGCAGAAGAUAACACAGAGGCGGAUGCGAGAUACGAAGAAUUUCAACAAAGGGUCGCGGCUCUCACGAAGAGGAUGGACUUGAGUAUCCGCGGAGUCAUCGACGAUAUGGCCUGGCUUGCCAAAUAUCCUGAGACUCUCAAGACGGUCGUGGAGAAAGCGCACGACACAACGGAAGAGCAGCGGAGCAAUUCCCAGACGGCAAGUCCCACGCCAUUAAGAAGAACCAGGCAAAGGGCCAUCGUGGACGAUGGUUACAGCGGCGAUGAGGAGCAGGAGCGCACAGAACCCAGGUCGUCUCCCCGCCGGGCUCGCCAGAUAUCGCUGUUCCCGAGAAUUCAACCGGUUGACACGCCACACAUCCAGCUCUCAACAGCCCUGACUCAACAAUCGCGGGCAUGGGCAUCCAAGACCCUGACAGAGAGAUACGCACGCAACAACGACUACAGGGGGUGGUACCGAGUGCUGUACGACGCCAACAACCCAGGAGAAUCCGCGCCUCCCAUGCCCGACGAGAGUCUGUGGUUCGCCGCAGAAGAAGGACGCGGGAGCUUGUCAUCUAGUCAUCGUCUGCGAAGGCGUCACGCCCUUGAUCGACGCUCAAGAGGCACGAGCGAAGCAGGAUCUUCGGAUGACAAUGACCUCGAAAUCGCCGCCGAGAAAACCCGGCUCAAAUGCCCUAUCACCUUACUCCCCUACGUCGACCCAGUGACCUCGAAGAACUGCAACCACAGCUACGAACGCGAUGCCAUCCUCUCGAUGCUGACUACUUCGACCAGUUUCGUGCCCUUCACGCCCACCCAACUCGCAGAGCUGAGCCAGCUGGGUGACAAAAAAAGGUCCCAACGCGAAGGCCAGAUCCGCGUCAAACAGGUCAAAUGCCCUGAAUGCAACGUCCCCCUUGUGCAGGACGAUCUGGUCGAGAACCCAGCCCUGAAGAGACGCGUCGCGAGACUGCUCGCGCAGGCACAGAAGGACGAUAUCGCCACGAGCGACGUCGACAACGGCGACGACGAGAGUGACGGCCGCGAGGGUAUAAUCCGCGGCACGCAGAAACGGCCUGUAGGCCUCGGCUCGAGCCCUUCCCCUACUCGCAGGCACACCCCGAAUCCGAUCAAGGCAGAGAGGGAGUCCCGCGCGGCGGAAGUGGGGAUGAUUCCCCAGACGCAAUUGGCGGACGAAGAGGACCGCCGCAUUCCGAGGAUCGCCUCGCAGCAGGAGCGGCCGCGUCCAGCUCCUCAAGGCAGAGAGCGGACAAGGAGAAUGAGGCACAUCAUGGAUGUGGAUGAUGCUGACGAUGGCUGA